AUGAAUUCGGCGAAGGUGGUGGCAGCGAGCUGUGGCGACACGGUGAAAGUCUUGGACAUUUCUGAAAAUGACUGUGCCCUCACCUAUUCUCCAUCCCCCGGCUCCACCGUCAAUUCGCUCAAGUGGAACCACAAUAAUAUGGUAUUGGCGAGUGCAGGGGAUGAUGGUAAAGUCUCAUUUUGGAGGAGGAAUGGGACUAGAUUGUGGGUCGUCCCUUCCAAAAAUGAUGGUGCUGGAAUUGUUGAGUCGAUAUCAAGUAUCGACUUUUGCAACAAAGGGUCUCGAUAUGUAUGCUCUGGUGGAACUGGUCAAGUUGUAAGAGUAUGGGAUUUGCAGAAGAAGCGUUGUAUCAAAUGGUUGAAAGGGCAUAGGGAUACCAUAACCGGUGUAAUGUGCAACUGUAAAGAUGAGCACGUAGCUUCUGUUAGCCGCAAAGGAGAACUUAUUGUGCAUAGCCUUGUUUCCGGGGCUACGGCCUCUAAUCUCAAGGAUCCUCAUGCCCAGGUCUUGGUUGCGCUUGAUUAUUCUCGGACUUCUAGGCACCUUUUAGUUACCACCGGUGAUGAAGGGUCCGUACACUUGUGGGAUACUACUGGCCACAGUCCAAAGGUUUCUUGGUGGAAGCAGCACACUGCACCGGCUACGGGAGUUGCAUUUUCACCAACCAACGACAAGAUAAUUGGUAGCGUUGGUCUAGAUAUGAAGUUAUACACUUUUGACACAGGGUGGUCAAAGAAGCCAUCCUCUUGCAUACAUCAUGUGGCUCCGUUUUGUUCAUUAGCAUACUCUGAUGAUGGACUAAGCAUAGCAGCAGCUACGACCACCGGUCAGGUUGUACUCUAUGAUGUUCGGGCAAAGCCUCAACCACUAUCUGUUGUAGAUGCCUAUGAGCAUCAGGCCAUCACGAGUAUUUGCUGGCAGAGGUCAAAACCUGUAACCUUCAACAAAAGCAAUUGCACAGAUGAGACGGUUCUUCUUGCUGGUGAUUUAGGGGAUUUUAUCAUUAUGCCUGACCCGCUUCCAUCUACUACAUCGGGCUUUAUGAGUUCAGAACAACCUCGUUUGAGCGGCUUGUUAAUGAAUCCAACUCUGGCAAGAUUGCAUGCACCACAUAAUAAUGUUAUGGAUGAUAUGGAGGUGUUUUCUCCCAUUGCUGAAGUUCAACCACUUACACCCUCUUUUGAUAUAUUAUGGGAGAGUCAUGAUUCUCCGGAGAAAAAUAUCGAUCGUCUUAUACCUUCUCGAAGAUUUGGCCUUUCAGAGGAAGCAGCCAGCCAUGAGAAUCCAAUUUCCAACACAACAUUAUCCAAACAGGUUGAGAAUAGGUUGUCAGAAUCGACUUCUAACCUGGCAGCCGCACGUAAUAGCAGUGGUGGUCCACGCAAAGGGUGGGGAGGUGAGAGAGCACUAGAGAAAUUCAUCCACCGGCGUCAUUCCACCAAAACAGCAACUUCUCGUUUCGCAAAGCCUAGCCUGAUGCCUAGUCUUCGCGCCAAAGAAACUUCAGAAGCUGUUUUGUCUUCUGUACUUACCAAAAGCAUCAACGGCCAAGAAAAUAGUACUCCUACCAGUGAACCAAGAUCCUCCCCUUAUGCCUCGCCUAAAUCCAAGAAAACCGGAUCAGAAACUAGGGAAGACAUUCUCAAUAACCUCUUGUCAAACUCUCAACCACCAACACCAACCACUCCAAAUGGAGGAGAUGAUCAGACGUUACACCAGAUUUCUUUACAGCCAAAUUCUUCAGUAGAUGAAGAAACUCUAGCUUCAUUUCGAGAAUCUAUUCACGGAGAUAUGCAAAAUCUUCACUUAGAGAUACUUAGGCAAUUCCACGUGCAAGAGAUGGGAAUGUCGAGCGUCAUGAGAUUAAUCCUUGAAAAUCAGGCUGAGAUAAUGCAAGAAAUCCAGUCACUUCGAGAGCAAAUACAACAUUUCCAUCAUUUACUGUGA